GCGAAGACUGCAAAACUGGAAAUGCUACGAUUGUCCUUCGGCAGGGGAAAGCCUGGAUAUCGCCGCGUGUAGCACAACUUCUGUUGGAAGCGGUCGUCAACGGACAUCAGCAUCCUCGCAUUGCUCGAAUACUGCUAGCCAUAGCGCUGGAAGAAAGACAUUCGUAAGCGCAAGGCCAAGGCGUUGGGGCUUCUCUUCAUUUUCUAGGCUUGCUGCGUUCAUUGCAAUCUUUAGUCGGCCAGCUGCAGGACAUCCUCGCAAGGACGCAGAGAUGGCUGCUCCAAACGGUAUCAUCGACCCCAUGCAGCUAGAUGGCGACUACGCCAUCAAACCGGAAAACUCAGGACCCAAGCUCAACACUUCUGAGUGGCCCCUGUUGCUCAAGAACUAUGACAAACUCUUGAUCCGGUCAUCGCAUUUCACACCGAUUCCGCACGGAUGCUCUCCGCUCAAGCGCGACCUCAAGUCGUACGUCUCCUCUGGCGUGAUCAACCUCGAUAAGCCAUCGAAUCCGUCGUCGCACGAGGUUGUCGCCUGGAUCCGACGCAUCUUGCGCGUCGAAAAGACCGGUCACUCGGGCACUCUCGACCCUAAAGUAACCGGCUGCUUGAUCGUCUGCAUCGACAGAGCUACGCGUCUUGUCAAGUCGCAACAAGGGGCGGGUAAGGAGUACGUUGCUGUCCUCCGGCUGCACGACAAGCUUGAAGAUGCAAAGAAGCUCCCGCGUGUCCUGGACACCCUCACGGGCGCACUCUUCCAACGACCACCGCUCAUCUCGGCCGUCAAGAGGCAGUUGCGUAUCCGCACGAUUCACGAAAGCAAGCUGCUCGAAUUUGACAAUGACAGGCACCUCGCAGUCUUCUGGGUCAGCUGUGAGGCAGGAACCUACAUCCGAACGCUCUGCGUACACCUCGGCUUGCUGCUUGGCGUCGGCGGGCACAUGCAGGAGCUGAGACGAGUCAGGAGUGGAGCUCUCGGGGAGAACGAUGGCAUCGUCACCAUGCACGAUGUCCUCGAUGCACAGUGGCUGUACGACAACCAACGGGACGAGACUUACCUCCGCCGCGUUAUUCGCCCUCUCGAGUCUCUACUUGUCGGCUACAAGCGCAUUGUCGUCAAAGACUCUGCAGUCAACGCUGUCUGCUACGGCGCCAAGCUGAUGAUCCCCGGUCUGUUGCGCUACGAGGCUGACAUCGAAGUGAACGAGGAGGUCGUGCUCAUGACGACGAAGGGCGAGGCUAUUGCCCUGGGCAUCGCGCAGAUGAGCACAGUCGACCUGAGCACGUGCGACCACGGUGUUGUUGCCAAAGUAAAGAGGUGCAUCAUGGAGCGCGACACGUAUCCGAAGCGAUGGGGUCUAGGCCCCAAGGCGGUCGAGAAGAAGAAGAUGGUCAAGGACGGCAAGCUCGACAAGCACGGACGCGCUAUCGAAGGCGUCACGCCAGCUACCUGGACAAAGGGUUACGUGGACUACGGCGCUGCCGCUACCGAGGCCGCUGGCGCUUCCACUGGCGCCACCGAGGCUGCCCCGGAAGCCGCCGCAGUAUCACCAGAAGCAGCAACUAGCUCGUCCAAGAAGCGCAAAGCGGAUGAAGCUGACAAUGGCGAGGCGGAUGGCGAGACAGAGGAGGAGCGCAAGAAGCGGAAAAAGGAGAAAAAGGCAGCCAAGGAAGCCGCCAAGGCCGCUGCCGAUGUCAGCGUUGGCGACGUGAGCACCAAAUCUGAUAAGAAGGACAAGAAAAAGAAGAAGAAGGACAAGAGUGGAGAUGACGAUGACGAGUGAUAUGCCCAUUCAUUUGAAUCACACCGCAAAUCCCUCUCUCCAGUCGAUUUCCUUUCACUACCUUUCACACCGCACACGUGAUCCGGAGUGUGUGUAUUGUACUAUAGCUCGAGUUCCUUCUGCUCUACACAUAUACGAGGCUGGAAUUUCUGAAGCAGCGGGGCCGCCAUGGUACUCAGCAAGACAAACCAGUUGGGAUAUGCAGAAAAGGUUACACGUAGAUGCAUAAGGGAGAAUGCAUUGCCGCUAGGGCGAACGAAGAGGAGUACAGCCUCCCCACAUGCGUCCCAGCUCAGC